CAGUAUAAACUCAGUACACACACUCUGAGUGAGUGAAGCUGCAGGUCUGUAACUCUGUGCUUGACUGUAGCUCUGCUCUCGCGCGCUGCUGUGGCUGUGACCCGGAUGUAAAACCUGACAUUAAUAAUAUUAAUAAUAAUAAUCACUUCAGUCGAAGUUGAGUUUUUACAGGACGAGGCGCGUGACGCUCACCAAACCGGAAGUGGAGAUUCAAUCAGUCAGGAAAAGAUGAGUUGAUGUGGGGAGACGGAGAGAAGAGAGAGACAGAGAGAGAAGGAUGGAGAGGACGAGUGCGGGGGGCGCGGCGGCGCUGCAGCAGGCGUGGGGGAAACUGGUGCGGGUCGGACCAUCGACAGAAUCGGUGCUCACUCUGUUACUCGUUAAUAAGGAGUGUACGGUGGGCCGGAGGAAAGGAUGUGAUUUGUCGUUUCCUGCCAGUAGACUGAUCUCAGGUGAUCACUGUAGAAUCACACGGGAUCAGGAGUCAGGACAGGUGUGGCUCGAGGACACCAGCACUAACGGGACGGUCAUAAACAUGUCGAAGCUGGUGAAGAAACAGAGCCACCUGCUGCAGAACGGUGACAUCAUCUACUUCGUGUACAGGAAGAACGAACCUGAGCAGAACAUUGCGUAUGUGUAUCACUCGAUCGCUCACACACUCUCGAGCUGCGUGGAUCUACAGGAUAGUGAAGACCUGAGGAGUGUGGAGCUGAUGGAGAGAGUCGACCCAGACGUGGACCCGGCGCCGGUGGAACCCGUCACUCUCCCCUCCGUACCGCAGGAGGUGCAGCUCCGACCCGGCUUCCAGGAGGCUCAGCCCUCUACCUCCUACAGCAUCGCCACGCCCACCACACACACUCACACUCUCACUGGGACAGUUUUCAGUGAGGUGAGAUCAGUGCAGUGCUCAAUGAAGCGUCCAGACGGAGGGAGUGAGACAGACGAGUGUGUGCAGCCAGACAGGAAGAGACAGAAAACAGAUGAUCAGUACGUGGUGUAUCCCCCCGUCUGUGUCCGCGGCGCUCCAGCUGCUCCCCCUAAAUCCGUGAGAGACGGAGCAGACGGAAACACCACGGAUAAAAUGGAGGAGUCUCUCACCUGCAUCAUCUGUCAGGACCUGCUGUACGACUGCGUCAGUCUGCAGCCCUGUAUGCACACCUUCUGUGCAGCGUGCUACUCCGGGUGGAUGGAGCGCUCGUCUCUGUGUCCCACCUGUCGCUGUCCUGUAGAGAGAAUCCGCAAAAACCACAUCCUCAACAACCUGGUGGAGGCGUACCUGCUCCAGCACCCCGAGAAGUGCCGCAGUGAGGAGGACCUCCGCAGCAUGGAUGCUCGUAAUAAGAUCACACAGGACAUGCUGCAGCCCAAAGUGGAGCGCUAUUUCUCAGAUGAAGAAGGAAGCUCAGAUUAUCUGUUCGAGCUCUCUGAUAAUGACAGCGACACGUCUGAUCUCAGUCAGCCCUACAUGACGUGCAGGCAGUGUCCAGGCUAUAAAAAAGACUUUAGCCCCGCCCCCUGGAUCUGUGGCACCGCCAGUGAGGUGGCGCAGACGCCUGAAGACGGACCGUCUACGUCUUCGGAUACCAGCACAGACGCUCAGGAGUUCACCUGUCCCCCUCACGGCAGUCACCUGAUCUGUACCUGCUGUUUACAGCCAAUGCCUGAUCGCAGGGCGGAGCAUGUUGGCACAGACCCCUCCCCUCAGCACUGUCUGGUGUGUCAGCGCCCGUUCUGUCACCUGUACUGGGGCUGCCAGCGAGUCGGGUGCCAGGGCUGCCUGGCGCGGUUUACAGAUCUGAAUCUGAGUGAGAAGUGUCUAGACGGCGUCCUCAACAACAAUCACUACGAGUCUGAAAUCCUGCAGAAUUAUUUGAGCUCCAGAGGAAAGACAUGGAAGGACAUGCUGCAAGAGGCGCUACAGAGCACACAGGAAGGUCUUUACCACCUGACAGAUUACCGUAUUAAUGGAAACUCCUUCCUGUGUUACUGCUGUGGACUUCGCUUCUUUAAAGAACUCGCGUACGCCUACAGAGCUAAUAUUCCUGCUGCUGAGCUACCAGUAACAGAGAGACCGGAUUGUUAUUGGGGUCGUAACUGCAGAACACAAAUCAAAGCUCACCACGCCAUGAAAUUUAACCACAUCUGUGAGCAGACACGCUUUAAGAACUGAGGUCGUGUCCCAGACGGUGAUGUCACAGCUCUGGAAAUGUUUUUUUUUUGUUUUUUUUUCUACAAUAUGCAAAUUCAAUCAGUUUGGAACGUCGGAUGUAAUUAAGAUGUUAUCGUGCACUUUCUUACUGUGUAUGUAUGUGAGAUCAGAAAUCGGAUUUAAACUCCGCUGGAACGAGCAAUCAGAACCGUACCGUGACUAUGUGAAGGCGGAGCCGCCGUUAAUCGAACACUUAAUUAAACAUUGUGCCUAAUGAGCAUGUGCUGAUUUAAUACAGAAUGACUUUAGUAUCA